AGCUUUUGUGUUUUGUUGUCUGGCUUUACGCAUUCACCCCCCCCGGAACACGCUGACUGUACGCGUGCAUGUGCGUCUUCCUCCUCCUGGCUCCCUGCAUCUGACAGCGUCCCUCCCUCUUUCUCUCUCUCUCUCCCCCUCUCUCUGUCUCUCUCACCUCCUCCUCCUCCCUCUGUCAUUAGGCGUUACGCCGGCUCUACACACCGACACACUCGCUUCCCCUUAAACCCUGAGAAUAAACACGGAGCGGCGGCAGGAGCAGGACUAACCUCCCCCCCCCCCCCCCCUCGGUGCGCACCAUCCAUGGUCCUCUCCUGCGAGCCUGUCUGACAGGAGGGUUGGCGUUACUUUGCUGAAACGACCGAGGCAGGCCCUAAGUCAGAGGUGAAGAAAGCAAGACAGGAGUCCUCCCAGACAGCAGGGGGCAGCAGCAGCAGGCAUGCAGGACUCAGCCUCAGACAGCAUGCUGGAGAUGGCCAAACAGGAACAGAACUCCAAGCAUCUGGACGAACCGAGAGAAACAGACGAAAUGUCUGAGAAGACGUCGCCAAACAAGAACCUCAAAUCCCCCCAGAAAGGCUCCAAGCGACUGAAGACGGCCCCCUUCAAAAUGACCCUGCUGGACACUUCUGACUUUGAAGGAGAAAUCGAGAAACACUCAAGAGGACAGACCCUGAUUGACAUUGUGUGUGAGCACCUCAACCUACUGGAGAAGGACUACUUUGGCCUGACCUUUGCGGACACAGAUACCCAGAAGAACUGGUUGGACCCCUCCAAGGAGAUCAAGAAGCAGAUGCGCAACUCUCCGUGGAACUUUGCCUUCUCAGUCAAGUUCUACCCUCCAGACCCUUCCCAGCUCACUGAGGAUAUCACCAGAUACUACCUAUGUCUGCAGCUGAGGGACGACAUGCUGUCAGGUCGACUGCCUUGCUCGUUUGUCACUCACGCCCUUCUGGGCUCCUACUCCGUUCAAGCCGAGCUGGGAGACUAUGACCAGGAUGACCACGGAUCUGACUAUGUCAGCGAUUUCCGCUUUGCCCCCAAUCAGACUCGCGAGCUGGAGGAGAGGGUGAUGGAGCUCCAUCGGAACUACAAGGGGAUGACUCCAGCAGAGGCUGAAAUUAACUUCUUGGAGAAUGCGAAGAAACUGUCCAUGUACGGUGUGGACCUCCACCAUGCUAAGGAUUCCGAAGGGAUUGACAUAAUGCUGGGGGUCUGUGCCAACGGUCUGCUGAUUUACAGAGAUAGGCUGAGAAUCAACCGCUUUGCCUGGCCAAAGAUCCUAAAGAUCUCUUAUAAGAGGAGCAACUUCUACAUCAAGAUACGACCUGGAGAGUACGAGCAGUUUGAAAGUACAAUCGGUUUUAAGCUUCCCCACCACAGAGCUGCCAAGAGGCUGUGGAAGGUCUGCAUUGAGCAUCACACUUUCUUCCGGCUGGUAUCUCCAGAGCCUCCACCUAAGGGCUUCUUGGUGAUGGGUUCAAAGUUCAGAUACAGUGGACGGACACAGGCUCAAUCCAGACAGGCCAGCGCGCUCAUCGACCGGCCUGCCCCACACGUUGAACGCUCCACCAGCAAGAGGUACCUGCUGUCCAGGAGCUUGGAUGGAGCAGAGUUCUCGCGGCCAGUCUCAGCCAUGUGUGAGAACCACGACAGCCUGUCCCACCGCAGCGCCGGCGAACAGCGGCGCCUCCACAGCCCCUCCGUGGACGAGCAGGAGACCGAGCUGGAGCCCAGCUUGGAGCAGGACGAGGACCCAGACCAGGGCACGGAAUCUGAGCAGGAAAAAGAAUAUGAUGGCAACGUCAGUCCAAGCCGAAAGAAAGAGAUCAUGUUCCUGGACAAGUCUCAGGACGUCUUGCUGAAGCACCAGGCCAGCAUCAAUGAGCUGAAGAGAGCCCUGAGGGAACCCAACAGCAAGCUGAUGACCCGUGAGCAGCGUCUGUCUGGAAGCUCCCCGACCAGCACACCGGAGAAGAAGGCUCCUCCUGUGGCGAAGAAAGGCGCCAGUGCUGUGAGUGCAGCCCAUAUCCUGAAGAGGAUCGACUCCAAGACUGAGACACAAACUAAUGGAUCUGAGGUCCAUCCCAACACUGUCAACAUCUCCUCACAGAGCUUUGGAGCCGUCAGCCCACUGGAGGCUCCUGCUGCCCUUAAAGAAAAUGGCUCCCCUGUCAAAGCCAGCGCCCGGGGGAGGGAGUCCGUCGUGUCCCCGGUGACCAUCACCGCUGAGACCGUCACCUCGGCAACCACAACUCAAGUUACCAAGACUGUGAAAGGAGGCUACUCAGAGACCAGAAUCGAGAAAAGGAUUAUCAUCACAGGAGACGAUGACGUGGACCAACAUCAGGCCCUCGCCAUGGCGAUCCAGGAGGCCAAGCAGCAGCACCCUGACAUGCUGGUGACGAAAGCAGUGGUCAUCAGGGAAACUGAGUCGCCCACUGAGGAUGUGCAGCAGAACGCAGAGUCCUGAUCGGUAAAGAUGGCCCCUGACACGGGGAGACACAAGAGGGAUCCUCCAGCGGAGUGUGUCUCCUGCCCCACCUUGCAGUACGCCACCAAGAGGACUAUCUACUUAGAACAGACUGUGUUCCACGAGGCAGUCAGCUUCACUCCUGUCCCUUUAGACAAACCAACUGUGACCUGGCCUCCUGGCCUCCUGGCCCCCGUCCCCUCCCUCCGCCUCCCUACAGCACAGGAAAUGUCUUCUACUGGAUAGUUUACGACUCAGAGUGAUGGAGGACUGAAAGAGAAACACCACUCACAGCUGUAACCAUUUGAUUUAACCUCUAUUUAGAGUCAUUGUAUGAAACUUUACUUGCAUAUUAUUUAAUCUAACAAUUUUUUUGACUCAUGUGAACCCUCAGGAUCAUUUUAAAUAAUUUGACUUCUUACCCCCAAACUCCAUGGCCCCUUUUCCCUUCCCUUAAAAAAAAGGUCUUUCUAUUUUAAAGUCAAAUUUCUUCUCUGUGCUACUGUCACAUAUGAAAUGUAUAUACGAGCAGAGAGUGAUUGGGUGAAAGUAUGGGGGGGGGGCAGUGCUGGUGAUGGGGGGUGGGCUGCUGAGCGGCAAAUGGCAGCCUUUUAGCUCGACGUCGCCACCUCUUGGCUGCGACACCUUCAAUAUAAUCAACAGCUGUCUUAUUGGCUUUUUACAUUUUUAUCUAUAGAGAAUCUAAUUUAUGUCCAGUGUUUGCUUGUUUAUGAAAUAUGUAUAAUACCAGAUGAUUAUAAUCUGCAUGAUUCAAUACAGAAAAUAGCUGAGGGAAUGAAAAAAAAAGACACGGACACGGCUCUGCCGUGACGAGUAUCUUGGGAGACACUGUCCUCACAUGAAAUGCUGGUGGACACAGGACUUCACUGAGGAACAUGAGGACGGAUCGGUUGGCAGCUUGAACUCCUCUUCAGGCUCAGACUCCGACACACAAACAUCGAAGUCCUCGCUCUGUUUUUUCUCGCCACCUCUCCGUUACAGUUUUCAUCACUGUGCCAACUCGCCAUCAACAUAGAGAAACGCUGUUGCUGGGCGCACGUUUUGGGCACAGCCAUAAAGAUUUGUAGAGACAUUUUAAUAUGAAUAAUGUUUCAUCUGAUAAGUUUCUGAAAUGUAAUGAUGUGUUUUCCUACUUGAUUUCACUGACUUCCACCAUGAAACAUAGUUUUUAAGUCUUUGUGAUUUUGGACGUUUCAGUCGUCACCUGUGAACCUGAAGGACAAAAUCACACUACUGAUAACUCAAGUCCCCUCAAGUGUUGGGUCCUACAACUUUGCAAGAACUCAAUUGAAACACAAUUAAAGUCAUUCAAGUUUUUUUAGAUUGUUAGAUUGUGAUGCAUUUAAGAGAAAUCCAGUGAAUUAGAGGACUAACUUCUGGUCACGUUGCUGUGCCUGAAGUAUGUGGUACCUGUGGGUUGAUUCCAAAUCUUAAAGAUGUCCUUAUCAAUAAUCGAUACUAGGAUCAUUAUCAUCUCUGGAAUCUGUUAUAAUUAGUUGUUUGCCCACUUGUAGGCACUGCAACAAUCUCUGAGCUCAGCAUUGAUGGCAUCAGCAUCAGUUUGGCAAACCGUAAAUAAAAAAAGAUAUUCUCCUCUUUUCAAUGUGCAUGUUCACAAACACUGAAACGUUCAAUACCACGAGAUUAACAUGGGUUAUUGUUUUGUUGUUGUUCUGUUGGAUGAACCCUUUUUAAGUUAUGCUGUAUGAGUUUGUAAUUGUAUUUAUAGGAGUGCUGAGUGUGAGGCCUGUGCUUUUCCCUCCUCGUUUCCCUCGCAGACAAAGACCAGACUCAGACCGACACACACGAUUUCAAUCCACAGGACCCGCCGUCGGUCACAUAUAUCCUGGAUGACCUUUAAUACUCUACUAUGCAUCACUUGUUAUCAUACAUGGGAAUCCCUGUGAUGGAGCCUGUUAGCCGUGUUGCUGUCCUUGUUAACUUUGUGCUACUGUUUACCCCCGGAGCAGUGAAGCGCACUGCUUGUGAGAAUUGCAAUAAGCAGCCAUUACUCUUAUCCCGAGUCCUCUGAAGGGAGAAAACUGUGAACUUGUCAUGCGAACCGAAGGCGUAACCAAAACCUAUAUAAACGACUUAGUGAUAUUCAGUGGAGCUUCUCCAACACCUGGCUUUCCAUGGCUUUGUCGCCCUCCUCGUCUAAAUACCCCCCCCCCCCCGCCCCCCGUCCCCUGACUUGAAACUGUCGACCUGCUGUGGAUGUGUCCGAGGAAACAAGAGAUUCCCACACUGAUGUUUAUUCUAUUUUAUGCUCUGUUUUAUUUCAUCUGGUCUUAUGACACUGGACUGUUGUGAGGGCACUAGCUUGCCAUGAUAGCAGCACUUAUACUGUAAACUGUUGGGGGAGGGGGGGUUCAAAAUAAAACGGCCUAUCUUCCCUGCAGUACUGGACACACAUUGGAAGAGAAUCAACUGUAGCUGCAGCAGGAGAGACGUGGUGCACUGUGGUUGAGGUGGUGAGUUGAAGGAUGGAGGACCUGUACUUAUAUACAUUUAUAUAUAAACAUCCAUACUUGUGUGUGCUAUUCUGUAAAGUAUGUAGAGACCGUUAGGGAGCAGGGAUGUGUUGGGAAGUUCAAGGGACGAGGCAGAGAAAGUAGAAAAGCGAAGGACAGCAGAGCAAUAGAAACGACCCAUGAGAGGGUGCCUUAUGUUGGGAGUGGUGGUCAUGGGAGUUGUCAGUGCCCGGCUGAAAGUGCUGUUAAUCACCGCGAGGCAGAUGUGGAGACGACCUCUGCUGUCAGUCCGAGGUGAGGAGACGAUUUAGAGUCUGGUAAAGAAAGUCCACUCUCUGAAUCUGGACUGCUCCUCCACCGUGAGAUGAAAACAUUUAUCGGCCCCAUUAACGUAGAAAAACCAGCACAGUGCCCAUAGAGCUUAAUUUAUUUCUUUUCUAAGUUUUUAUUUGAGUUUUUUAUUUUCUGUGAAGAGCAUCAAACUACUCCGCUGUUUAACCUCCACCUUCAACUCUCCACUGCCUUUUGCUCUACAUUCCCCUAGUGCUUGGUGGUGUGCAUUUGCUGUAUUUGCAUUCAGCCUAAAUGGAAAACAUACACGCAUAAAUAAAUGUCUCAGUACGAUUCAAA